AGUUUAGGUAUCAGCGUGAAUUCUUCAGCCAGUUGGCUCCGCGCACAUGUUUACGGUCAAGGCCGAAAUUCUGUAGUCACUGCACAGAGGGAAACCAUGGUUGUACUAGCAUACCUUAUGUCACAUGACAAAAUGGAGGCUGUCUGUGUUUGACAGAUACGACUCAUAUCGUUAUGGCACCGUCCUUCACGGGGAGUUUGAAGCGUGAAGAUUAAAGGAGGCCCAUUUACAGUUGCUGUAGUCAACGAUGAAGGUGACAGUUGUAGGGGCUGGCGUUGUUGGCCUCUCCACCGCCAUCAAUAUCCUGGAGACUGUCCCUGGCGUUGACCUCACCGUCGUCGCCGAAAAGUUUGACGACGAUACCACCAGCAGCGGGGCUGGAGGUCACUUCCGACCAAACAUCAACCACAUCGAUGGCGUACCAAAGGCUAAACUCAAACGCUGGGCAAUGGACUCCAGAGACCAUUUCUUCUCACUGGCGGCGUCAGGGGCGUCAUCAGAGUCCGGUACCCGCUUCGUCUCCGGCUACCUUCUUCUGGACACACCCGAAGAGGGGGUUCUGGAGGAUAUCGUGCUGCACUUCCGACGACUCUCCCAGCAGGAAAUGUCUAGCUUAAAGUUCAAUCAACGUUACGGCUAUGUUUAUACGACUGUCAUCACAGAAAUGAAAAGGUACCUCAAGUGGCUUGCCGCAAGGAUUGUUGAUAAAGGAGGAAAAAUGCAGAGACGAAAACUUUCUUCCCUGCAAGAAUUGUGUGGGGUCUGUGACGUCGUGAUUAAUUGCUGUGGUCUCGGUGCCAGGCAACUGGUUGGUGACACUAACAUCCGGGCAGUCAGGGGCCAACUGGUGAAGGUUCGAGCCCCCUGGGUCAACAUGUUCUACACAUCAGAGACGAGGGAUGGAGUGAGCACGUACGUCUACCCACACUCUAAUAUCGUUAACCUUGGCGGGAGCAGACAAGUUGGAAACACGAGUCUAGAACCAGAUCUCCAUCUUGCCGAAGACAUCAUUAGGCGAACUAAACAACUCGUACCUGCCUUGCAGGGUGCAACCGUCGUGGAGCACUGGGUUGGGCUUCGUCCCACACGGACUCCGAUACGGAUUGAACAGGAAGUACUGCAUGGAAAUGGUGCAGACAUAAUGGUGGUACAUAACUACGGCCAUGGUGCCCAGGGAAUCACGCUGAGCUGGGGCACCGCCCUGGAGGCCACGGAGAUCGUGAGAAGAUGGGCACAGUCCCGCCGUCAGUCUAAACUCUGAACGAACAAUCAAUACAGUAUAUCGUUAACAACUUGCCAACAUAAUUAUGUUCUUCUUUAAUUCAUGUUUUUGUUGACCAUCAGCAUACGUGUCUUUGACAAGUAUUGAUUUGCAUUGAGUAUAUCCGUCGAGGCUUCUUGCACAGAAACAUUGUCUCUACGCGCUCAGUGAUUGAAUUGUAAGGCUUAGAAUUAAUUAAUAAUAAUACUUCUUGCAUGCGUUGGUGGACUGUUUCAAACGCACCAGUACAUCGCAUUUGUUUUGUCGCUGUUUUUGCAACUAUUGUGUCUGUGUUUCUGUGUGAAUGUUGGGCAGUAGUAUACAUUUUUUGCAUUUAAGGAAUACCUAUCAUUUCAAAAUUAAAUAGUAUUCAUACAUUUUGCAAAUGUGAAACAUUGGGUGCAGCUCGGUAUACAUAUUUGUUCUUCAAGUAAUCCUAUGAGGAAUGUUCUGAGAUAUACCAUAUACUGAUAACUGUGAAUGAAUUGGAUAAAUGAACUGAUAAUUUCAACAAAACUACUUGCAUUGACUUCAAGUGGAAACCAAACUUGUAUCUUUCAUAUUUCAAGAUAUAAUAUUUGUAUUUCAAUACAAGCGACAAAACCCUUUCCUAAUGCGCAACAAAUAAUCUGGUUUUUUUAUGAAUUAGGUGCCGAUAUUUGAUAUUCUAGGGGCGGGGGUAGGCCAGGGAUUCUGUAUUCAGGCCAGAUUGUUUUUUAAUAAUGUGUUUGCUUUAGUUAAGACGAUGAGCCAAACUACAAAAUACAUUUCAAACAUGUAUGAUGCAUAAUUGUUAUUUUCAAUUUUUUUUUUCGAUAAACGAUCAUACAUACGGAGGCCAAUAAAACAAAACAAACAUGAAGCUGUUUUGUAGUGAAAAUCCGUAAAAAAUAUUUUUUAAUUAAUAUAUUUUUCCUGACCAUGGGAUUUUGUAAUACCGUGUAGUCUCUGCCAUGACCACUGAAAAACAACAUUUCUUUCCAUGACACCUGACAAACAUCUUGAAAUUGUCCGCCUUUUUGCAAUUAUUUUGCAUAAUCAUACCUUGAUAAGGUCUCGGUUCAAGGCAUACAUGAACCACCAGCGUGCACCCUGACAUUCUCUAUUUCAUGUUGUAUUUACUCUUUGUUUCAUCUACGUCAUAUCCAUGUUAUAUAUCACAUAUCUGUUGAAGGAUAUUUUAUUUAUUUAAGUUAACGGAGACCGGUGUUAACUGGCAUUGGAUAUAUAUCAAGAUACACCCAAUCCUCGAGGAUUUGGAGGAUAUUUAUAUCAUAAUUGUGUAUGCAAUAAACGUUUAAUAUAUAUAUUACA